UUUCUAGCAAUGGAGUUGAGACUUCAUGGUCCGAAAACCGAAGUCAGUGGGUUCGCGCCUACCAGACGGUCCUUCCUAUCGAAGGCUGCAUGGCAGCAAGGGCAGCAGAUACUUCUUGACGGUCGAAAUGCAGCCGGUCGCCCGUCCGCCAUUUCGAUUACUUCUACCAUGAAGUCGCAAAAAGUUGCUUGCACUUGGCUUCAGACGGUGCUGAUGCUUGCAUGGAUGAGGCCGGCAUGGAUAAAGGUGGAUGCGGUUGCAACGAAUGCUGCGAUCAGCUCUUGUCAGACGUCGGCGCAGUGGCUACGUGCACUGAUGCUGGCGAGUAGGAUGGCAAUUGUCGUGCUGAGGCCUGACCUCGUGACAUACUCCACACUCAUGAGCUCAUGCUCAAAAGCAGCGAAAUGGGAACUUGCCAUCAACCUGUUGGAAGAUGUUGCUGCCGUCUCCUUGCAGGCUGACGUAACACUCUUAAACACAGCCAUGCGGGCGUUAUCGUUAAGCAGCAGUUGGGAACAGGUGCUGUUCUGGAUGUGGGAUCUGACACAUCAGCGCCUUCAACCAGAUGCUUUCACGUAUUCUGCGGCGAUGACUGCCUGUGAAGCCAAAUCGGCGUGGCAGCAAGCACUCUUUUUGCUCCACAGCCUUGGAAAGGAGCGUCUGCAAGUCUCCAUGGUGACUUCAAGUAUUGCCAUGAGCGCUUGCGAAAAGGCAGCAUGCUGGCAAAGUGCUGCUGGCAUAUUGGGCAGCUUGCAGGUGAAAGUGCCACGAGUCGAGUUGCUGUCCUACAGCACUGUGGUCAGCUCCUUCGAAAAGGCUGCCCAGUGGACCCUGGCGACGCUCCUUUGCCACAAUGCUGUUUUCGCUGAUAUACAGGGGGAUAUCAUCAUGCAAAGUGCACUCAUCAGUGCCUGUGAGAAAGCAGGAAAGUGGAAGUUCGCCCUGGACUUGAUCUCCGAGCUUCCGAGGGCCAGGUUGCAGGCGAACGUGUUGGCCUACAGUUCGGCGAUCAGCGCCUGUGAGAAGGCCGGUGAGUGGCGUCAGGCCUUAGCAUUGUUGGCGCAGCUGGAGCUGGAGCAUUUCGAGGCAGAUGUCAUUGCUUUCAAUGCUGCCAUCAGUGCCUGUGAAAAGGCGGUGCAGCGUCAGCAA